UGAAAUGCAUUUACAUUUCAAUGAUAUCUGAAUUUAUUGAGAGGACCUCUGUGUAAAAGCUAGUUCCGGGUUGUUUUUAUUAUAGCUGCUGUAUGUAACUUUUGCUUUUUUUAAAUAUGUUUUGACCGUGUAGGCUGGCCCGAAUGUUCAGUUUAGUUAGUGUGACCACCGAGGACGGCAGAUAAACAGUUUCUCUGGAUCGGUAAGUUGUUUCUCCACCAUUAGCACAUUGUUAAAUACACGAACAUGAUUGACGGCGCUAAGACCCUCCUCUUGCCUCUGAUUGGUUGUUUCUGACCGGGAGCUGUGUAUUUCUUCAGACAGCAAUAGCAUCACGAGGAGAUGGAGGAGAUGGAUGAGAUGGAUUUUUUUUUUUUCUUUUUUCAUAGAUUAUCUGUCUGAUAGCAUCCUGUAACAAUAUGGUGACACGUUCAACAAAAAUGGAAAAGACAUAUAUUUGUAAAUGUUAUGUAUACUGCAGCUUUAUGCAACUGUUAGAAUUGUAUACACUUGACUAAACAAACUCGUAUUUAGUCAGUUAAAAAUGACACAUAUCUGUAACCAACCGUGUUGGUGAUUUUGGUUUAAGGCGUGGUUUGUUCUCAGUGCCUCCCUGCACACAGAGCAGUUGUAGUUUCUAAGCAGAGGCUGGGAGUGUCUUUGUUUCCAGUUUCUGCUCAGAUGAGAAGACGUUUCCUCCGGCUGUACGGAGGAUCAGAGGGAGGCAAACGGCUCAGAUAACGGCUUCAGGACCAAUCUGUGAAGUAGUGAGGAGGAGGCAGCAGUGCCAGCACUUCCUUCUCUCCGCCACCAGGGAGCAGCAGUGCGGAGGUCUAGCAUGACUGCCUCUGAGUGGCUUUUAAAAUGCACUCCGGGAAUGGCCACGUUAUAGAAGUCAACGCUCACAAACGAAGAGACCAGGUCAGGAGCCGACAUGAUACAACACACAGGGUUCCGUCUGCUCCGGAUCUCAUUCCUAGAACCGAAAAGGAAGAAAUGUUCUGCAUGAGAGGCGAGAUGUUCCACAGAAACUCUACACCGGUCUUGGAUUCAAGCAGCCACAUCUACUCGGGCCCUGACGACAACUCCACAGAGCCACACGAGUCGCUCACAGAGUCUUCCACCAUCACCUUCGUAGAGGGCUACAUUCUGGAGGAGUCGGUGGAGGACCACAGUCUGCAGGGAGCGGGGAUGACGUACCUUAAGGAGUUUGUGUUGAUAGACGACGACGAAGACGGGGACAUGUCGCUGAGGGAGAAAACUGUGACGGACUUCUCCGUCAGGGACGGGAAUGCCGCCGACCUGGUGUGCGGGAGGCUCCUGUCCACGUCCACUGGCUCGCUGUCCGAGUCCAAGGACGAGUCUUCGGUUCGUGGCCCCCCACCGCCUGAGGAGGCCAAGGCUGUACACAAAGACAGUCCCUGCUGCUCCUGCACCGUGCUAUGACUGGCCAGGAGCUUCUGAAACCCAAUGACAGCCUUGCAAAAGUAUUCAUACUUGUUAAACGUUCUGGGAUUUUCUUACACUACAGCUAGGGAUGCACAAAUAAAGAGAACAACCACAUGUUA